AUGCCGUCUUCAGACUCCCUGCAGCCCCCCUUGAGCCCCGCUGAGCGCGAAAUCAGCAAGUCGUACGGAGGUUGGACCGGCUUCAUGCAGUCCAUGGGUCUCAAGCCGUGGAACGACGACGAUGCCGCUGAGGGCAAGGCCAUCAUUGCCGCCUUCGCCAGCGACCAUGCUCAAUCGGCCCCGGCCAGCAGUGCUACCCAGGGUAACCAGACCAGCAGCGGAGGCUCCGCUGGGAAGAAGCAGUAG